CCUAUUUCAGUUCUAGAGUCCACUUUUUUUUUUAACUUCGGGUCCAUGCUCACCUGUUGCUUUUGAAGCAUUAGGUCCCAGUCCAGAUCCCACACCUGACAGCCAAAAUGUCUGACAAAGGAGCCUUCGACACCAAUGUGCAGACCCUCACCAGGUUUGUUCUGGAGGAGGGCAGGAAGGCCCAAGGAACCGGUGAGCUGACCAACUUGUUGAACUCCAUCUGCACCGCCGUCAAAGCCAUUUCAACGGCUGUCAGGAAGGCUGGGAUCGCUAACCUGUAUGGCAUCGCUGGAAGCACCAACGUGACGGGGGACCAGGUGAAGAAACUGGACAUCCUGUCCAACGACCUGGUCAUCAACAUGCUCAAGUCCUCCUUCUCCUCCUGUGUGCUGGUGUCAGAGGAAGACGAGAGGGCCAUCAUUGUGGAACCGGACCAGCGGGGAAAGUACAUCGUGUGCUUUGAUCCACUGGAUGGUUCCUCAAACAUCGACUGUCUUGUCUCGAUCGGAACAAUUUUCGCAAUCUACAAAAAGACCACAGAUGACGAGCCAUGUGAGAAGGAUGCUCUGCAGCCCGGAAGAAACCUCGUAGCAGCUGGUUACGCUCUGUAUGGCAGUGCCACCAUGAUGGUCCUGUCCACUGGACAAGGAGUCAACUGCUUCAUGCUUGACCCUGCAAUCGGUGAGUUCAUCUUGGUGGAUCAAGAUGUGAAGAUUAAGAAAAAGGGAAAGAUCUACAGUUUGAAUGAAGGAUAUGCGCAGCAUUUCUAUCCAGACGUGACAGAGUACCUACAAAAGAAGAAAUUCCCAGAGGAUGGUUCUGCUCCAUAUGGCAGCCGGUAUGUUGGUUCAAUGGUAGCUGAUGUUCAUCGUACGUUGGUGUAUGGAGGAAUCUUUUUAUAUCCUGCUAAUGUCAAGAGUCCUAAGGGCAAGCUGAGGCUGUUGUAUGAAUGCAACCCCAUGGCCUUCAUCAUAGAGCAGGCGGGAGGCAUGGCCACCACAGGAACCGUAAAUGUUCUGGACAUCCAGCCCACCAACAUCCACGAGAGAGUUCCUGUGGUCCUGGGAUCCCCCGAUGACGUAAAGGAAUAUAUUGCCAUCUGUAAGAAGCAUAAUAAAUGAGGUUUAUGCUGAGCAUUCCCUCAAAUGCACUGAUGAAGGAACCAGAAACCUCACUGGGCCUACAAGUCUGCCUCACACUGUGCCAAUUCCAUCUUGCUGCUGUAAGCGUUAUUUGUAGAGACCCUGUAUUUUUUAAAUAAAGGUGAAUGACAAGA